AUGUUGGAUACCUUAGACUUGGCUGUGGUCAUUGCACUUGCUUUGGCUGCUGCUUACUAUUUUGGCAAGGAUUAUUUCAUCAAGUCCGAUGAAGCGUCAUCCGCCGGUUUCGUUGCACACGGAGCGGAACAAAGUCGGGAUUUGAUCGCGACACUAAAAAAGAACAACAAAAACGCAGUUGUAUUCUUUGGUUCUCAGACUGGUACGGCCGAGGAUUAUGCAACCAAGUUGUCGAAGGAAUUGCACUCCAAGUUCGGUUUGAGAGUUUUGAACGCGGACUUGGCUGACUUCGACUACGAUAACCUUCUGGACUUGGAUCCUGACUACUUGGUCUUCUUUGUGGUGGCUACUUAUGGUGAGGGUGAGCCAACCGAUAAUGCUGUUGAGUUCUUCAAUUGGUUAGACAACGACGCUGACCAGAUGGCAAACUUGAAAUACACUGUAUUCUCACUUGGUAACUCUACUUACGAAUUCUUCAAUGCUGUGGGAAUAAAGUUAAAUGAGAAGCUCGAGUCCCUAGGUGCUGAAAGCUUUGCUCCUUACGGUCAAGGUGACGAUGGUGUUGGAACUAUGGACGAAGAUUUCUUGGCUUGGAAGGAACAAUGUUUUGAUUCAUUGAAGAACAAUCUUAACUUCGAAGAAAAGGAACUGGUGUAUGAGCCAUCUUUUGAAUUGGAAGAGCUCUCUUCCAAGUCAGCUCUGGAUGAGGGAGUAUCAAACGGAGAGCCUAACAAGAAAUACGUUGAGGGAACCACUGACCUCUCGCGGGGUCCUUUUGAUCACACUCACCCAUACUUGGCUCCAAUCUCAUACACGAAAGAGCUUUUCAAAUCAAGUGAUCGUUCUUGCGUCCAUGUUGAGUUUGACACCUCUGCUUCCAAUUUGAAGUACACAACCGGCGACCAUUUGGCCGUGUGGCCCUCUAAUCCUGACGAGAAAGUCGAUGCGUUCAUCAAGUGCUUUGCCUUGGAGGCUAAAAGAAACGCUGUGUUCAAACUCAAAUCUUUGGAUUCGACUGUUCAUGUCCCAUUUCCUACACCAAUCACCUAUGAAGCUGUUAUUAGACACCACAUGGAAAUUUCUGGUCCAAUUUCCAGACAAGCUUUAAUGUCAAUUGCAUCUUUUGCUCCAAACCCUGAAGUAAAGACCAAAUGUGUUGAAUUAGGCUCUGACAGAGCCAAAUUCGCACAAGAAAUUCAUUCAAAGUUCUAUAAUUUGGCUGAUGCACUUCUUAAGAUAUCCGCUGGCGUUCCAUGGAGUAAUGUUCCCUUCGUUUUCCUUAUUGAAUUGAUUGCCAGUUUGCAACCUCGUUACUACUCUAUUUCGUCUUCUGCAUCAACCGAAAAGUCCAAGAUUCAUAUCACUGCUGUCGUCGAAGCCGAAGAAAAAGAUGGUGUGCUGGUCACUGGUGUUGCGACAAAUUUGUUGAAGAAUGUUGAAGUUGCGCAAAAUGGCAAGAAUGACUCUCUUGUGUGUAACUACGACUUGAACGGGCCAAGCAACAAGUUUUCGAAAUUUAAGCUUCCUGUACAUGUCCGUAGAUCCACUUUCAAAUUACCUUCUAAUCCCUCGACACCAAUCAUUCUUGUUGGUCCAGGAACUGGAGUUGCCCCUAUGAGAGGUUUUAUCAGAGAACGAGUUAACCUUCUGAAGAAAGGAGAAGGUGUUCGUUUGGGUAAAACACUUUUGUUUUACGGCUGCAGAAACAACGCAGACUAUUUGUACCAGGAUGAAUGGCCUGUUUACAGCGAAGCGCUUGGUGAAACGUUUGAGAUGGAAGUCGCUCUCUCCCGUGAAGACCCUAACAAGAAGGUGUAUGUUCAAGACAAAAUUAAAGCUCGUGCUAAAGAAAUCGAUUCCUUAAUCCAAGAUGGUGCUUUUAUUUAUGUCUGUGGUGAUGCAUCUAGAAUGGCCAGAGAUGUACAAUCAACUUUUGCAAAGAUUUUGAGUGAACAGAGAGACAUUUCUAUUGAGAAAGCGACCGAACUUGUCAAGUCUAUGAAGGUUCAGAACCGUUAUCAAGAAGAUGUUUGGUGA